AUGUCCAAACCCGAUGCAUCUUCGGAUUCAACCUCAAAACCUGACCCACUACAUCCAGCCUACUCCGUCACGAAUAUACAAUCAAAAAUUCGUACUUUAGAUGGAUCAAAGGUUACCUAUACCGCGUGGGUCAACUUGUUCAAACUACACGUACUUGCGUACAAGGUAUCAAAUCACAUCAAUGGAACUGCAGCCCCGGCAACCACCGACCCCACAUACAACGUGUGGCACGAACUAGAUGCGUUGGUCCUUCAAUGGAUCUUAAGCACCAUCUCUGAUGAUUUAUUACCCCGAGUUAUGGACUCUGACGGAACCGCACGAGACGCUUGGAAACUUAAGGAACUCGCAAAUCAAUUGGUCGAUGUUGACCACUCAAUAACCGAAUCCCGUCUUGUUCUUCAGCUAGUACGCGGAUUACCGGCUGAGUUUGACACCACCGCAUCCCUGAUUAAUUCAAGCAAUGAAGAUUGGGAUCUAGCAUUAAGCAUGCGGAACGAUGAAGCUAUUCGGGUCGAGGGUUGUCAAAAAGCGACCACAUCGGUUCUUGCUGCACCCACUACACAGCCGCAGCCUCCCACCACUCAACAACUGACUCCCCAGAACCCAUCCUAUGGUGGACAGCAGCCCUUUCUAGGGCGAGGUCGCGGACACGGAAACUUUAAUUGA